AUGCAGUUUGGCAUCCAAUAUCUCCUAUACAGCCAAUCUCAUUUAAAGACCUGGACUGAAGAAAUGGUGAAAUCAGCUGAGCAUGAAAAAAAGCAAAAUACAGCUAUGAGAGCUGCAAUCAAAAAACAAAAAUCCAAGAUAAAGAAGUUAAAACAAGAAAUUGAAGAUAUUGACUUAAAAGGAAUGCAUUACGAUUUAUUGACUGACGCACUGAAACCUCAAAAUGCGCCAUUGGAGUUUAAAAAAAUUGAAGAAACCAAAGUUCCUACUGAUGAGCCAGCUUAUUUAGCAAAAAUAAAAGAGCAUUUAAAAGCCUCAGCCAAGCUGCUAAAACCAGAUGAUGAGCUGCUGGACAGUGAUUUUGAACUGUCAAUGUCAGUUGCAGAAAGAAAAACAAUCCCUGAAAAAGGGGCUGACAUGAAUUUACAAAUGUUGUAAAUUACAGUAAAUUUUGCUCCUAUAAAAGUGACUGUAAAUUUUUUUUUUCAAAUUUGCAUGAAAAAACAACAUUGGAAAAAAAUUUUUUUUUAAAAAACGUACAUGAAAAAAACAACAUCAUAAAGUUUUUGUUCAUUUUUCCAUGAAAAAAACAACAUUCAACAAAAAGUAUGAAAUCGUUAAUUUAUAAUAUUGAAAAGAGAAAUCGCUAAAUAAAAUUGAAGAUAAAUACUAGAUAACUUAUUAAUUAUUAGUCUAUAUAAUAAAGAUCAAAUGAGUUAAGAAAAUAUAUUGUACCCCAAUCAGAGCUUGAUUUUGCUGUUUAAAAUUUUUAUGCUCCAAAAAAUUGCAUGAAAAACCUGAAAAUUUUUUUUUAAUUUGCAUGAUGUGUAUGCAAUAGAGCAUUCAAAAUAAUGUUUAAUAACUGGUAUAUACUCUUCUAGCAGCUGUAUCCUUUUCUUUUAAAAUUAAAAGAGCAUUAUUCCUUACAAAUAAUAUAAGUAAUGUUUAAAAUAAAAAAUUAAUCGCCUUAAAAAAUUUGCAUGAAAAAACCCGGAACUUAAUUUUUAAAAAAAAAAAAAUCGCAUGAAAAAACAACAUAUGGUUUUUUUGAAGAGCCAAAAAUUGCAUGAAAAAAACCCAUAAUGGAUUUUUAUUUUUUAAAAAAUUGCAUGAAAAAACAGCAAUUAAUUUCUAAAGAAAUUUAAUGAAUGUUUUAAUAAGAAAAAUGGAAUUGAGAUUUAGCAGCUUUGAUAAUAAUAAAUAUUUGUUUUUGAACAAUUUUAACGCGAUUUCUAGCAUAUCUGUAAAUAUAUUACAUACUUUAUCUCUCAUCUAUGGUAAAUACAUUUUUAAAGCGAGUUACAAGAUAAAUGUGCCUAAUUUAGCUAUAUUAUCUUCACUUUAAACAUAAAUCUAGCAUAAAUUGCUAUAUAAAACGGGUAUAUCACAAAGAGAUCAAUAAUUGUUUGUAUCAUUGAUUUAUUUUUUAUUUUAUUAAUUUUUAUUUAUUUAUUUAUAAAUUAAUUUUUCUCAAAUUGAUCAAAGAUAAAAGCUUUAUAUUUAGAGAUUGCGUGAUAAAUAGCAUUGGAACUGUAUAUGAACUAAUAUACUUCGAUUUCUAUCCACGCUAAUAUGCAAUGUAUUUGAAAAAAAAAUAUAAUUGUAAUAUAUAUACUGUAUCCACCUUAUAGCUUCCCAUAGGGUUAAUUUAUCACUUCUCAAUCGAUUUUUAUCGAUUUCAAAUGUUUUAGAUUAGCUAAAUUUAUUUCAUUUCAGGCAAACUUGAGCUGACUUGUCAAAUCAUUUUCGACAAGGCAAAAAUGGUCGAAAUUGUCAAUAAAUUAUCAAAAAACUAACUCCCCCCCUCCGUGAGUGAACAAAAAUUUUUUUAAUAGAAAAUUUUUUUUAUGAAAAAAAAAAUAGAUAUAUAAGAGAUAAUUAGUAUAAUGAAAAUCUAGAGUUAAUUCUGUUUAAUUUUUAAACGAAUUGCUUUUUAAAACUUAAAUUUUAUAAAUUAAAUUAAUAUUUGCUUUCCAAUUUUUGCGAAUUAGGAAUGCUUUAAAUUUUGAAAAAAAAAUUGUUUUAUAAAAUUUUAUAUAUAAUUUUUUUUAUAAAAAAAAAAUUAACCCCCCUCCGUGAGUGAACAAAUUUUUUUUGCUCACUCACUCACGGAGGGGGGGGGGAGUAAGGGGAAUUCAAAGGACAAUCAAUAUCAGUUUGACUUAUAUAUUUAUUAUAAAUUUAAAUAGAUAUUUAAAGUUUUAAUAAAUAAAUAAGUAUUAUAAACGACCUAAACACAUUAAUUUAACAUUAUCAGUGAUAGAUUAUGUAAUGAUAUUGAAAUAUUAAACCACCAUUAAUUUUUUUGCGAUAUACCCGUUUUUUAUAGCAAUUUAUGCUAGAUUUAUGUUUAAAGUGAAGAUAAUAUAGCUAAAUUAGGCACAUUUAUCUUGUAACUCGCUUUAAAAAAUGUAUUUACCAUAGAUGAGAGAUAAAGUAUGUAAUAUAUUUACAGAUAUGCUAGAAAUCGCGUUAAAAUUGUUCAAAAACAAAUAUUUAUUAUUAUCAAAGCUGCUAAAUCUCAAUUCCAUUUUUCUUAUUAAAACAUUCAUUAAAUUUCUUUAGAAAUUAAUUGCUGUUUUUUCAUGCAAUUUUUAAAAAAUAAAAAUCCAUUAUGGGUUUUUUCAUGCAAUUUUUGGCUCUUCAAAAACCAUAUGUUGUUUUUUCAUGCGAUUUUUUUUUUUUAAAAAUUAAGUUCCGGGUUUUUUUCAUGCAAAUUUUUUAAGGCGAUUAAUUUUUUUAUUUUAAACAUUACUUAUAUUAUUUGUAAGGAAUAAUGCUCUUUUAAUUUUAAAAGAAAAGGAUACAGCUGCUAGAAGAGUAUAUACCAGUUAUUAAACAUUAUUUUGAAUGCUCUAUUGCAUACACAUCAUGCAAAUUAAAAAAAAAUUUUCAGGUUUUUCAUGCAAUUUUUUGGAGCAUAAAAAUUUUUUAAAACAGCAAAAUCAAGCUCUGAUUGGGGUACAAUAUAUUUUCUUAACUCAUUUGAUCUUUAUUAUAUAGACUAAUAAUUAAUAAGUUAUCUAGUAUUGUUGGAUGUUGUUUUUUCAUGGAAAAAUGAGCAAAAAAAUUUUAUGAUGUUGUUUUUUCAUGUACGUUUUUAAAAAUUUUUUUUUCCAAUGUUGUUUUUUCAUGCAAAUUUGAAAAAAAAUUUACAGUCACUUUUAUAGGAGCAAAAUUUACUGUAAUUUACAACAUUUGUAAAUUCAUGUCAACCCCUGAAAAAGUACAUAGGGAGCAGCCAGAAAUCAUUAAAGAAGAGGCAGAGUAUGAGAAUAUAAGAAGCAAUAGGUUUAAUAAUCCAAGCACUUUUGGUAUAUAA